GCGAUGCCAUCACGAACAAAGAUCACAGCGGAUGCGACCACAACCAGUUUUGAAUUUGCGGGAUCGUGAGCAUGCCACCAUCGCCUCAAUCGGCCGACGCCUUUCUGCAAGACGGCUCGGACGCCUUCCAUGCGUCCUUGGCCGCGCAGCUCGAGACGUCCAUGGGCAAGGCCAUGCCGCAGAUGGAAAUUCGCUUCCAGGAUCUCUCCAUUGCGGCCGAAGUCUCCGUCGCCACCAAGGACGGCCAUGAGCUGCCUACCUUGUACAACCACGUCAAGAAGAUUGCGCGCGGCCUCGCCCGCAAGAAGCGCUCGAUCCGCAAGGACGUCCUACACCCAAUGUCGGGUGUCUUCAAGCCCAGCACGACGACGCUCCUUCUUGGUCAACCCGGCUCGGGCAAGUCGUCGCUCAUGAAGAUCCUCUCGGGUCGCUUUCCCAUGCACAAGAACAUCACGGUGGGCGGCACCGUCACUUUCAACGGCGCCAAGUCCGAAGACGUCAAGGCGCAGCUGCCGCAGUUUACGGCCUACAUGAACCAACGCGACUUUCACUACCCGACCUUGUCGGUGAAAGAGACACUCGCCUUUGCGCACGCAUGCAGCGGUGGCGCGGCGGUGCCCCAACGCGUCCUCGACUCUCUCCAGUACGGCUCGCCCGAAGAAAACGCGCAGGCCAAGGCUGUGAUCCAGUCGCUCUACAACGUGCUCUCCUGA